AUGUCCAACCAGCCCAAUUCUGACCCCCCUCCCACCGGAGAAAGCCCCGUUGAAAUGCGCAGAGAUGACGAGCCCAGCCAGACGUGGUGGGAUGCAAGGGUAGCGAUUCCAGUCUUCGGUGCCGACAUCUUCCAGGUCUAUGACGCAUUCACGGCUCCCCGACAGACACUCAGCAUACCAUCUGACGUCCAUGACAGUAUCAACUCAAUUGCCCCCUUCCUCCUGAAGUCCAUUAAUCGGCAAAUAUGGAUGGUCCCAAGCAUGGACUACUUUCCAACCUCCGUAUCUCAUCUAGACAUUGAUAAUGAUGCGACCAAGCCUGACUGCGUCGUCCUGUUUGGAAACUGGCGGGGCGACGGCUUGAUAAUUCCCUUUUAUCGCUUCAUACUCACAGUGAACUGUGGAAGUAUUCCGGUUUCUCGUGGUCCAUCCCCACCCGGAGAGCUCCCAGUCAUCGUCAUACAUGUAGACCUCGACAUGAUAUCUCUUUUGAAUGUUAUCGCCACCAUGACGUAUUUCUACAACCACGAUAUGUCGCAGCUCUUUUAUGCGGUGCUCGAUCAUCUAUUACCUGGCUUGGACCCCGUUCUUCCCUUUCCUGGUGGCCAGCGUAAAACCUCCGCCUCUCCAAUCAUCAUUGAUGAUGGCACCUUGGACAUCAUCGCCAGGAUUCUUAGCGAACACCUUGAUAUGCAGGAGCAGCUUGAGUUACUCAAGAUCUAUAUCGAAGGGUUUUACUAUAUCCAAAUUUCGCUCGACAUCACCGACUUGGGCUUCCUGGAGGUGGUCUCUACUGCCCUCGCGAUCGUUAACAGAGCUCUCGACUUGAACGAGGUUGAUUCGGCCGAAUUGGAUGACACAUUCGGUGUGGACGACGAAUACCCAGUUGAACUGGAUGAUGAAGCCGAAUUAACUGAUACUGUCGCCUAA